AUGUCAAACGAGAAGAGUGUCAUGGUUGAGAAGAAUAACAACCUUCUGUUAACGAUACUACUACAACAACUAUUACUACCAUACGCCUCUGCACAAAGCCAUAGUGAUGCGCCAUCCGCAGAGAUGAAAUUUCUUGCAAUAAUAAUUUUAAGCGUUUGGGUACUCAUAGCGUUUAUAUGUUGUGUUUGGCUUAUACGGGCUGGGAUAAGUUAUAUUGUUGCUAUAGGAAAAGCAACAGAAAAACAAUUACUUGAUUCAAAGGAGAUCCAAGCGCUGCCUGAAUCCGUAUACUCUGCUGUUAAGAAUAAAGAAGAAGUACAAGAAAAAUGCAGUGUUUGCUUAAGUGAAUAUGAAAAUGAAGAUAUGUUAAGAUUUUUACCAUGUCGCCAUGCUUUUCAUACAGAAUGCAUUGAUGAAUGGCUGGUUUCUCGUACUACUUGUCCUUACUGUAGAUCUGAUCUUCUUGUAGCUAUUGUUCCUGAAACCACACUUAUUGCAAGUGAUGUUAGAAUUGAUGUGACGGAAGAUGCUGAACGAUAUGGUUUACAAGAACAUCUACUUACCGAAAUUGAUGAAGCUUGA